GGAGAGAUAUGUCAAGUGAAAUGUUAAUACCUAAGCACUUGACAGUUCAUUGGCAAAGUGGAGAACUAAGAGCUUUAAAAACUAGAGGUGAUGGUAAUUGUCUGUACAGAGCCUGCUCAAAAUUACUUUGUGGCAAGGAAGACCUAUGUCAUUUGCUGAGAGACUUAACAAGCAUUGAGCUAUUCAAUCACCAGGAGUAUUAUGCUAACCACCCUUACUUAAAAGAUAAGUUGCAUUUUUUUAAGUCAGAAAAUACUGCUUUUUCUGCAUCAGUAUCAGAUGUGGCUUUAGGCAAUGGCUAUGAUAGGAAAAAUCCAAGCACAAAGGUAAUAGUAGUUAAAGAGGACGCUCUAAAUAAUGCAUGCAAUGGUACUUAUUCUUCACUUAUGUGUAUAUUUGGUUUGUCGUCUGUCACUGGAAUGACUAUAAUUUCAGUUUAUCCCGAAAAGUUGGACCAGGAGACCAAAUAUUCACAAUUUCUAAAUGGUAAAAUUCUUCCACGGCAAGCACACCAACAUAUUUCAAGUCAACUUGUUCAGCCUGCUAAGUUAAUUUUAAUGUGGACAACUACUGGCGCUUAUUCUCUUCCAGAAUUAGAUAUAGAAUUUCAACCCAAUCAUUUUGUACCACUAAUUGAAUUUAAUCAAAAUAAUAACUCAAGAGUUAAUAAUAAAAAAAAAAUUACUGACCACUUUAAAGUUGAUGUCUUACAGAAAAAUAAAAGUGGACUUGAGCAACAAAUAGACACAACUUUGGUAGCACCUGCAAAAUCCUCACCAAGGGAAGACUUAGAUGGCAGCAGCUAUGAUUGCUUGAAGACUUCCUUAAAACGACCUCUUUCAUUCGACUUUGAAGAUGGAAAAGUAUCAAAUGCUUCUUGUCCCUUGUCAAAAUCUGUAAAAACUGAUAUGACAGAUGUUGAUCCCUUGGAUAUUGGACAUUUUGUAUCUGUGGCGGCCCUAGAUGACGACACAAAGCUAAGACUUAUAACAAAUCACUGGAAGCCUUCCCCUUCUUUCAAUUUUCCUUUUUCUGAGAAUAGUAAAUCUUCAAGAAAAUUUUGUGCUGGCUGGCUAGAUCGUUGGUCCUGGUUGUGCUACUCUAAAUUAUUUGAUGGAGCCUUUUGUUAUUAUUGCGUUUUGUUCGGUCAUCAAACAGGACAUAAUGGUUCAAAGCUUAGUAAAUUAUUUAAGGAACCCUUAAGAAACUGGCAAAGUGCGGCAACAAAAUUUUACCAGCAUGACAAAUAUUCCCUAAUUCACCGUGACUCCAAGUUACGUUUGUCGCAGUUCCAACGUGUGAUGAAAGGUAAAACUAUUGGCAUCGACGAACAAGCCGAUCAUCUUAGAAGUGCUCGCAUUCAAUACAAUCGUGACGUUUUAGGCUCUAUUAUUAAAACUAUUAUACUGGCAGGCAGACAGAAUCUUCCCUUACGAGGCCAUCGUGACGACUCAAAGUAUUUUCUAUCUUCUAAUCCUGGGAACUUUCAGGCCUUUUUGAAUUUUAGAGUAGACGCGGGUGACGCGAAACUAGAAAAACAUUUUGAAAAUGCAAGUAAGAAUGCAACUUAUCGUUCGAAGACAAUUCAAAACAAGCUGAUAAAGAUCUGCGGGGAACAAAUCAAAGAAAAGAUUGUUUCUGACAUCAAUUCUAAUGAAUGCCCAAUUUACUCAGUCCUUGGUGAUGAGGCAACAGACUGCAGCAGUAUCGAGCAGAUGCCAAUUGUUGUAAGGUAUGUUGACUCAAAGCAAGAAAUUAAUGAGUGUGAAGGAAUGACUGGCGAAGCGCUAGCGAAGAAUAUCGAAGAUACUUUAAACGAAGUUGGGCUACUACUUUCCAACUGUCGUGGUCAGUGCUAUGAUGGUGCCAGUGCAAUGUCAAGCAAAUCAAAGGGAGUUGCUUGUCGUAUUUUAAAGAAAAAUCCAAAAGCUUUGUAUAUCCAUUGCGCUAGUCAUCGAUUGAACCUUGUUGUUGCUAAAGCAUGUGGUGAGCAAACUGUCAAAAACAUGUUGGGGCAUGCUCAAAAGAUCUUCAGUUUCUUCAGCCCAUCCCCCCUACGAAUGCAGUGCUUGAGGCAGAAUAUGGAAAAGUCUGGGUUACGUCGUAAAAAACUAGGAGCUCCAUCCACAACGCGUUGGGUUGAACGGAUACGUACACUUGAUGGAUUUGUGGAAGCAUUUGUACCUGUUUGUCAAAGUUUAGAGUACAUGAAGCUCAAUAUGAAUAAAGAUUUUGAUAAUUCAAGUAGGGACGCAGAGGGAUAUCUUCGUUCCAUAAAAUCUUUCGAAUUUAUUGUUAAUCUUGUGAUUACAUCAAAUGUUCUGCAUCACACAAUGUCGUUGACUGUCCAACUGCAGCAAAGGAUGAUCGAUAUCGCUGAAUCAAUUAAACAUAUAAAUCUUUUGAAGUCACAAUUAAAAAUUUUACGCAGCUCGGCUGAUACAAUUCAUGACCAAUACUACGAAGAAGCAGUGGAUUUAGCAAACAGAGUAAACGUUGAUGAAAAAUUCCUCGACUUUGCAAUGUUCAGACAACUCGUGAAAACUAUCCUGCACAUACAGCACUAUUUUCUCAAUUGCAAGGACGUUAAUUGGAAGGAAGAGUUUAUGAAGUUUGCUGUUGCAUAUAAAGAGGAUAUGCCACACUUUCGGAAAAUACAUGCUGAAUUAGGAUUGUGGGAAACAAAUUGGAAAGGGGGCUUUGAGAAAGUUAAGUACGAUUCAAUUGCCGACACGCUUCGAACUUGUAACAAACUUGCGUUUCCAAAUAUAUUUACAGCGCUUAAGAUACUCGCUGUUGUGCCAGUCACUACAUGUGAGUGUGAAAGAUCCGUUUCUGCCCUUCGUCGAAUGAAAACUUGGUUACGUAGCACAAUGAUCAACGAAAGGUUAAAUGGAUUAGCCCAAAUGCAUAUUAAUGAUGAUAUUAAGUGUGAUGUCGAAGAAGUGAUUAAUACCUUUGCUAGACAAAACCCAACGAGGAUGCAAUUUCUUGAUAUCCUGGAGGAUAAAGAAACAGAUGCUUGA